AUAAAGAAUGUAUUCAUUGUGGUGCACUCCAUUGGUUGGACGAAUGUGUUCAAGCAUCUUUGAAAAAAACUCCAAAGUUUGGAAAAUGUUGUCAUCAUGGAAAAGUUAAACUCGCUCUUCUUCAAGAACCAUCUUUACCAUUACGCCAGAUCUUUGAAGGCCAGAAUGCAUCGACCAUCGAUCAAUCUGUCUUUUGUGGACAGGCCCUGUACACUUUUCAAAUUCAAUCAGGCACACUUCUUCCUGAAUCCAAUAUGACUGCACGAAAUUUGAAUCCUCAAACAUCACGGGAAUUGCAAGAGAUUCUACGAAAGCACCACACAUUCUACUCUAUAUAUCAACAAGCACAUGAAAUUUUUGCACAAGCUAAAGAAAGGGGUGCUUCUGAUUCUGAACUUGCUUUUAUAGUUGACGCUUGGGCUUCUACAGAACAAAAUCGGCUAAGAUAUUUACGCUCGCACCAAGCUAUACUACAUGCAGAUAUGUACCAAGGACUUGCCGAUAUAGUUGGAAAUAUUGCAAAUCAAGAAAUGUUGCUAAAUAAUUUAGAUCAACGAAUAGUUCUCCCUUCGACUCAUAUUGGAAGCCAUGCAGUGCCCGCAAUUUCAAAGCACCUUGCAUGGAAAACAACAGUAGAAAUUUAA